UUUAUAAGAGGAGACGGCGCAUUUAUUAUUUUUUUUUCCUUUGUAUUAUUACUUCCUAUUCCGAGCUAUCUCUCCAUGCGCUUCAACUUGUCGCCUGCACUUCUAACAGACAUUGGAGAGGGAUGGAAGGAAAAGAAAUAUGAUUAAAUAUUAAUAAGGUGUCCCUUCUCUCACAAGAAGCCCUUUUUUUUUAUUUAUUCAUGCAAAUGUCCCCCAUUUGUAUGGACCCCAAGCGCCCUACAAGUGAGCUGUGAGGUGAAUUUAUAAUGACCUGCCCCGGCUACCCGGCAAAGAAGGUAUUACACGCGCCACAAAGAAAGAAGGGGGCAUAUUCAAAUUAAAGGAGUCCAUUUAACGAAUGCUUUACAUGUGAGGAAGAUUUAUUCCAGUAAAACACAAUGGAUACUGGAACUGUCCAACAACAUGACGCUUCACUUACAGUCAAUGAACAGGUGAUUGUCAUGUCUGGCCAUGAGACCAUUAGGGUGCUUGAAGUUGGUGUGGAUGCCCCAACACAAUCAGAGGAAGCUGGGAAAGCUGCGGACCCACCAGGCCCAGAAUCUACAGACACAAAUGAUCUCACGAGAGAAACAGUGCUGGGCCAAGUGGAAAACCAGUGUGCUGAGUCUGUAGCGAAGUCUUCUGCUGCAUUUGUGUCGCCUUCUAUUCCUACUCUGUUCACUCAUGCAUCAAAUCAGCCACAACCUACUCUUGCAUCCUUUGCAAUGCAAGCUGCACCGCAGGUCUUGACUCAGGAAAACUUAGCUACACUUGUGACCGGAGUAAUGGCUCCUGCAGGAGCAGUUACUCAACCUGUUUUUAUCCCAAUCAGUAUUGCAGGUCAAGUGGCUGGCCAGCAGGCACUGGCUCUAUGGAACUUUCCAACUGCCACAGUAGCCACACUUCCUGGACUGACAGCUGCCCCUCCCACAGGGGGAGUUUUCAAACUACCUUUAACCAGCCUGCAAGCUGCUUCUGUUUUGAACACAGCCCUACAGACACCUGUGCCCACAGCUCAGGCCAUCCAAACGGUUUACCAGGCUCAGCCCACAGUCUCAGCCCAACCAGCUCUGCAGACAACUGUCCAGCCACAAUCAGCCCUGCAAGCCCAGACACCACUGGUGCCAGCCGUGCUCCCCAAGACAGCGGAGCCCCAAACACAGAUCACUGUACAGCCAGCGAGUUUUACCUUCAACCCAGGCAUUAUCAGUGCCGCAUCUUUUGGAGGUCAGACACAACUGCUGGGCUCUCUGGCUACAACUCCCAUAUUCACCAGUGCUAUUUCUGGAGUGCAAGGCAUUACAAGUCAAAUCCUGACAAAUGCCCAGGGCCAGGUGAUUGGCACUCUCCCGUUUUUCCUGAACUCCUCUGCAAUCACAGCGGGUGCUGCUGCUGUCUCUACUCAGAAUGUGGUCCAGGCUGUGACACCUCAGCUUCUGUUAAAUGCCCAAGGUCAAGUUAUUGCCACCCUGGCUAGCAACUCUAUACAGUCAGCAGCCACCCGCAAGCCGGCCUCCCCUGAUGUCCCAGCUAAGACAGAACAACAGAUACAGUCAAUUCAGCAGAUCCAGCCCGCUCCAGUUAUAACCCAACCAUCUGUUGUCGUUACUAGCCCAGCACCAGCCACAACAUCAACUUCUACACAAGUCCAUGUCACUUGUACAGAGCCUCCGACUGUGGGCCAGCUGGUGUCUAAGCAACAUGCGGGUAGUUAUGAUGACGAUGGAAUUAAUCUAGAAGAGAUACGCGAGUUUGCCAAGGAUUUCAAAAUACGGCGCUUGUCCCUGGGUCUGACACAGACCCAGGUAGGUCAAGCUCUGACUGCCACAGAAGGACCUGCUUACAGCCAAUCAGCCAUCUGUCGAUUUGAGAAGUUGGACAUCACACCAAAAAGUGCUCAGAAACUAAAGCCGGUAUUGGAGAAAUGGUUGAAUGAGGCAGAGAUGAGGAACCAAGAAGGGCAGCAAAAUCUGAUGGAGUUUGUAGGUGGGGAGCCAUCAAAGAAAAGGAAAAGACGUACUUCUUUUACCCCACAGGCUGUGGAAGCUCUUAACUCUUACUUUGAAAAAAACGCGCUGCCCACUGGACAGGAAAUCACAGAGAUAGCCAAGGAGCUCAACUAUGAUCGGGAAGUAGUAAGGGUAUGGUUUUGUAACAGACGUCAGACUCUGAAAAAUACCAGCAAGCUAAAUAUCUUUCAGAUUCCCUAAAAAAGUGGGGCAAUCUUGUUUAUACCGCCUACUACUUAACAUUUCAUAUUUCCUUCAUUUUGCAGCAGUAAUGCUCCGUAAUUUAGUUUUUUUGAAAGCACUUUGUGACUCAAUUUCUGCUUUAUCCAUGCUACUGCCAGCUGUAUCAACUCUUUGACUCAUUUUUUUAUAUGAUAAAUACCAAGCAUGGUAAAAGGUUGAUAGCCAUUGCAGCCGGAUGUCUCCGGUGGCCUUCUUAAACACGUUUUACCUACUCUGUACAGCUGUAGUAUCCCUAUGGAAAUGCCUCUAUAGUUGGCGAACGUUCCGGAGAAACAGAGGUUAGUGUUGCUCGCUGUAGCUCAGUUGUUAUUGUGGGGAUUGCCACAAUUAAUGAUUGUAGUCUGCAAAACCUUGAGCGCCACAUGAAAAGAGAA